AUGUUUGCUCUUGCUUCCCUCGCCGUUGGCCUGCUGGCGACCUUUGUUGCUGGCGAGUUGCGUGGCAUCACCCCCCACGACAUGUACUCCUCUUCAAUCGGCGUUCUCGGUUGCAAGAUUAACACCAACCGGGUCGCCUACUGGCCUAUGUCGGUCGACUGCAACAACAUUUGCGUCCGGGUCUCCUACGGCGGCCGCUCUGUAGACCUGCUCCGCAUCGACCAGUCCGGUGGCGCCUACGACAUCUCGUACGACGCCUACAACUUCCUAGUCUCCGGUCAGAGCGCCACCGCCCACCCCAUCACCGGCGGCGCCGUCGACAUGGACGUCCAGAACGUGGCCGCCAGUAACUGCGUGCAGCACCUCAAGGCCGGCGGUCUCCCCCUCUCGGCUUCCAACAGCAUGAACUACGUCGCCAGCUGCCUGGGCCAGCCCAACAGCUGGGUUGCCAAGAACUCCCGCCUGUUCAACAUCCAGGACCCCGUCUGCCACUGGGGCUAUGACGAGCAGUGCUCCGUCAACCUGGCCGUCAGCAACCAGCCUUCGUGUUCUCAUGCGCUGGGUUUCACCAACGGCAGGCUGCCGGACACCGUUUUCAACAUCCAGUACGGCACUGGUGCCGUUGUGGCUGCCCCCUAA